CCCUUCUGGAGAGAUGGGAAUUGCUACAGAGUUUGUACAGAAUCUCCCUAAAACUGGUCCUUGGAACUGUGGAUAAGGAUGGGUUGCUAGGAGACAGCUGGAAAAAAAAGAGAACCAUCUUCCGUGCACAGGUAUACAGAUCAACAUGGUAGAACAUCAGACAGUGGAUGAGAGACCAAAUGAACAGCAGAGCCCGUACAUGCUCUUCCUGCUGGUUGUAGUCUUCUUCAUUACAGGACUUGUCGGCAUUCUGAUCUGUCAUAUCCUGAAGAAGAAAGGCUAUCGAUGUCGGACAUCACCUGAGGAGCUGGACCCUGAGAUGAAGGACUGUUUGAGUAGAGAACAGGAAAUCACAGAUGAGAUCUCGAAUGAAGACACUGUUGAACGUAUAGUCAAGUGCAUUAUACAGAAUGAAGCAAAUGCAGAAGCACUUAAACAGAUGCUGGGGGACACAGAAGGAGAGGUGCCCAUCAUCCCCAAUCUUUGUCCACACCGUGAGAGCCAGGACGCUGGUCCUUCCCACCAUCAUACGGUUCACGGUUCAUCACAGGCUCCCUGCAUUCACUGUACUCGUAAGAAAAGGAACCUGCUGCACCGCAUGGGUCGCUCAAAGGACAGCAAGGGGAAGGUGCAUCCUGGGGAGGUCACAGUAUUCUCUGUUGGAAGAUUCAGGGUUACCCACAUUGGAAAGAAAUCAAGUAUUCAUUUAUCACUGGAUGACCCCAACAUUGGCAGUGAGCCCGAUUCAUCUGAGAAGGUUGAGGCGCAACAAACUACAAAGUCAAUAAAUGGUGUCGAUAGUCACAGGGCCUCAGUAGGCCUGUCUCAGAAUGGACCAGAAUCAGUGGGGUUAACAAAGCUGGAAAGCCAAAAAGAUACAGAGACCAGACUGGAUCAAAAGAAUGGGGUUAAGGGUUUACAGAAAAAACCCGGGAGAAUCUUGACAAAAAACAAAGGAUUCAAAGACAGACGGAACAGUGCACCAGAGCAGACAGUAGUACAGCGAGAAAGGGUAGAUAUACUUUCGCUUCAAGGAAGUGAACAAAGGAAAGAAACAACAGAAUCAGCAGAAAAGCAGGUAUAG